AUGGCUGCUAAUUUGAUGACUUUUGCAGUGAUUGUGACAUCUUCAGGUCAGUGUGUGGGCUCGUGGCAGGGCCCGAUCAGAGCCGGCACCAUUGCGUCAAACGAGUGGAGUGCGAACGGGAGCCCUCGGCAGGGGCUGGAAGACGGCGGCGAUGAACUCGAUAAAACAGUGGACAGUGAUGCAGAGGGUGUAUGGAGUCCCGAUAUCGAGCAGAGUUUUCAGGAGGCACUCGCCAUCUACCCACCCUGUGGUCGCCGCAAGAUCAUCCUCUCUGAUGAGGGAAAGAUGUAUGGCCGUAAUGAACUUAUUGCCAGGUACAUUAAGCUGAGGACUGGAAAAACCCGCACAAGGAAACAGGUCUCUAGUCACAUACAGGUGUUAGCACGGAAGAAAGUCCGCGAGUUCCAAGCGGGUAUAAAGGUUUCUAGCCAUUUGCAGGUUCUUGCCCGGAGAAAAUCUCGCGAAAUACAGUCAAAGCUGAAGGCCAUGAACUUGGAUCAAGCAUCCAAAGACAAGGCUCUUCAGAAUAUGGCGUCGCUGUCCUCGGCCCAGAUAGUGUCUCCAAAUUUGAUCAAGAGCCAGCUUCCUCCACUGCCCCAGCCCCCAUAUGCACCACCACCUCGGUUUUGGCCGACUCCAAUCCCAGGACAACCUGGACCCUCUCAGGACAUCAAGCCUUUUGCACAUACCUACACAAACUUAUCUGGAACUGUUCCACCUCCCAUAUCAGCGUACGAGCCUUUGGCACCCCCUCUGCCCCCAGCGGCCACCGCCGUGCCUGUGUGGCAGGACCGCACCAUCGCCUCCUCGAAGCUGCGUAUGCUUGAGUACUCUGCCUUCAUGGAGGUUCCCAGAGACCAGGACACUUACAGCAAACAUUUGUUUGUGCACAUCGGUCAGACCAACCCGUCAUACAGCGAUCCUCUGCUAGAGGCAGUGGACAUACGCCAGAUCUACGACAAAUUCCCAGAGAAGAAGGGAGGGCUGAAAGAGCUUUAUGAAAAAGGCCCACAAAAUGCUUUUUUCCUGGUCAAAUUCUGGGCGGAUCUGAAUAGCAGCGAUAUGCAGGAUGGGCCUGGAUCUUUCUAUGGCGUCAGUAGCCAAUACUGCAGCACUGAGAAUAUGACCAUCACUGUCUCUACAAAAGUCUGCUCAUUUGGAAAGCAGGUGGUAGAGAAAGUAGAGACAGAGUAUUCAAGAGUGGAAGGUGGAAAGUGUGUGUACAGGAUCCACCGCUCACCCAUGUGCGAAUACAUGAUCAACUUUAUCCACAAGCUCAAGCACCUGCCUGAGAAGUACAUGAUGAACAGCGUUUUGGAGAACUUCACCAUUUUACAGGUGGUGACUAACAGGGAAACACAGGAAACUCUGCUUUGCAUAGCAUUUGUAUUCGAAGUGUCAACAAGUGAACAUGGGGCACAGUACCACGUCUACCGCCUUAUUAAAGACUAGCCACUCUGCCCAGACGGGUUUUGCCAAUGGACAUUGUCUUUUUGUCCAGACGUCAGAGCAAUACACCAGCAUGUAGCCAAGAACGGAGGCAUUUCUCGUUUCCGUACAGAUCGGAUUUAAAGUGAAUAGAGGCUCGAAUACAGGGCCAUGCACAAAUAUAACUUAGAAAUGACUUAUUGCUCUGUUAAAGGACAGUGUUUUUUUAUACAUAUUUAAAUGCCUUAAAACAAAGUGGGUCUCACAGGUUUUAUUUGCAUACAAAUUCUAAAUGUUGUUUUUUUUUUUUUUGCCCUUUCUGUUUUUCUGAGGGACUAUGAAUGUUGAACAUGUUGGCAGGAAGGUGAAGUUUUGGCAUUGGAAGACAAUGUGUGUCUUUAGAUGCACAGUACAUAAUAGAAGUAAGGAAAAGGCCAAAUAAAAUAUAUUUUUUUCACCAUGACCGGUCUGAUAAAAAGAUACUUCUACUGUUUCCUCUACAUGGGAGCAAUAUCGAGCAAUUAGUUGAACAUUGUCACAAAGUAACAAGAGCUAAGGCCAUUGUGUAUUGGGUUAAGUAAAAGACAAACAGUUUGAAAUAUAGCGUGCAAUGCUAAUAGGCAACACCAUUUUUUUCCUGCCCAUGUUGAGAGUGAGGAACACUGCAACAUAUUUACUUUGACCUGUCCUUGAUCUGGAAAGGAGGUGUCAGAAACAAGAAGGUUUACACACCCACUAUACAAGUCAGUGAAAAUUACAAGUGCCUCUGUCCAAAGAACUCGGUGUGGGUGACAUUCUGAAGUGCCUUUGACUACCUCUUGACAUAAAACACUAGCAAAUAUUUGUAUUGAUUUGAUACUAGAGCAUGAUUAAGCAUUUAAGCCUUUUUACUCAAUCACUUCAGUUCUUUGUUCAGUUUUGUUUAUUUUCAACUUGUAACGAGUACAAUGACACACGAGUAAGCAUUAAAAUGGCCUUGUUACAAAUGGAGAAUGGCACAUUGUACUAAAGAGGGUUAACUAAAUGGAUAAGUUCAUUGUCAGCAUGUAGAUGUGUUUUGUGUUAACUUAUCAGAUAAGAUUUCUUAUCUGUGGCUGCCUAUGGGUAAUUUUGUGAUGGUAGUGGUACUAUACCCCUUUUUCAAAUUUUUGUUGUUUUUGACAAUUGAAAGUCUUGCCUUUUGUUAUCGUGUGUUCUGGUACUUUUCGGAUCCUUUAAGGAGAUUCAGCAUUCUAAAACUGUGCCUUCUGGAUUAAUUUCUCCCACACAAGACCGUGGGCCAUACAUGUAAUUUGAGUUAUUCUUUCAGUUAAUGGAGAAUAGUGGGGAUUCCUAAACUUCCUAAAAUACAAUCUGCUAAAUGUAUUUUAACUACAAAUGAUUUUUUUCAUUAAAAAGGUGAUAAGUGGUUUCAUCUUUGCCAUGCCAUUCCCCUUAGUCUACUUAGUGAUAGAAAGCUGUCUGACCUUUGUUCUUUAUGAAUUGAAAUAUUAUCAAUACCCAGAAAGCAUCAAUAUCUAGUUGCAAACUGAACUCACACAAAAUUUUCAUUGUCUCCCGGCAGAACAUACUGCUUUCACCGCUAAAGGAAAAACCAAUCGAAUAUACAGUUGCAGGGUUCUGAGAGUAUUUGAUUCAUUGAAUACCUUGUGAUAGGUUUUGCAUAAGCUUUAGUUGAAUUUACUGAAGAUUGAAUUAAUAAUUUAGAAAAGACAUUUGCCCAUAAAUCCAUUCAUCCAUGCUGUUCAUGCUAAACGGUACUUCGUGGUAUAUUGACAAUGACAAGCUUAAACUGUUUUAUGCUAUCAUUGCAUUGGUACAGCCUGAGCAUAUAAAUGGUGGUCUCUGUGAACUUGAUGACAGCUUCCUCAAUUGUACUUUUUUUUCUUUCUUUUUUUUUUUUUUUUACAGGCUCCUGUUUUUUAUUAUUAUUAUUAAUUAUUAAUUUUAUGUUUGCUCUUUGACUUUCAGUUAAUGCUGUUUGCAUCAAUUGAAAAUAGUGUGUUACUGUUGAGAUUUUAUAUAAUAAUCUAAACGGUGUUGGAGUUUUCUUUUUUCCCCUCAGUACCCAGUAACGGUUUCACUGUGACCUUGGUUACCAAAUGUGCAUUGAAGUCAUUUAUGUUAUAUACAAUGUGAGGGUUUUGUACAAUAUUAUCUAAACAACAAUACCAAUACAGCAAUACCAAUAAAAAUGUCUUGGCUCCCCUUGGGACAUUUGUGUGAUGAAA